AUGAACAAUCUCUUGAUAAUACUGAUCCUUUUGGGCAUGUGCAUCGACUUAAGCAAUGGUAUGCUAGGAGAAAGCAAAGUCACAUUAAGCAACCAGUUGGAACACAACAAACUCCUCAAGAUUCUUUGUGACAACGACGAGGGAGAGCAGCUUGUAAAAAUCGGCGAAGAAUACAAAUUUACUUUUGGUGAUAAUUUUCUUAAAACGACCCGUUACUCGUGUAAAGUGUCCCAAGGUCCUGAUAACUUCAAACAUCGCCAAGAAUUUGUGGCGUACGACGCGUCAUGGAGCAAAGCUCUUGAGGCUACAUGUAAGUGGAUUGCUAGAGAAGAUGGUAUCUACUUUUCUCUAGAUGGAAACCCUCCUCUGAAGAGAUAUGAGUGGGAUGGUCCUCACCUCCUUAAUAACUAG